AGGCAGCGAAUUCUGAGAAGAAUUAAGCAGAGCAAAAACUAAGGGCAUGGCUACCGAUCAGGAUCAGUUCAGGCUCGUAUCCCCUGCCAUAAACCAUGAAGGAAGGUUGCCAAGGAAGUACACAGACGAAGGUCAAGGUGCAAAGAAGAAUCUGUCUCCCCCACUGGAAUGGUACAAUGUGCCAGAGGGGACUCGCACGCUGGCCCUGGUGGUGGAAGACAUAGAUGCACCAGACCCCAGCGAACCGAUCGUGCGUUGGACCUGUUGGGUGGUUGUUAACAUACCGCCGACGUUGAAGGGUCUCCCUGAGGGGUUCUCUGGGAAGGAAGAGGAGGCUGGUGGAGAUUAUGCUGAGAUCAAAGAAGGCAGCAAUGAUCACAAGGUUCCUGGAUGGCAUGGUCCCAAGUUACCCUCCCAUGGCCACCGUUUCCAAUUCAGGCUCUUUGCUUUGGAUGAUGAAUUGAAACUUGGCAACAAAGUGACCAAGGAGAAGCUGCUAGAUUCAAUCGAAGGGCAUAUGCUUGGAGAAGCAGAAUUCACGACCAAGUUUUAAGUGAAAGUCUUUGUCAUAUGUAAUCUUGAGCUACUGAACAUCAAUUAAUUUUUGCUUUUUGUCGCACCAUAACUACGGAAAAUUAAUUAUCAAUUUAUUUUUUGUUCUUGAA